AUGAGCGAUACACACAGUGACAAUACUUCUGAAAAGAGUGUUAAGGAAAUAGAAAUGUUAGAAGAACAAACUACUGCUCCUGUGCCCCUUUCAAAAACACCAAACAUUCAUUCGAGUCUUUUUUCACAAGGAGACGAAGAAGAAAGACCACCUAAGAAACAUCCCAACUUGUUUAAUUUGUUCUUGUUCCGUCGGUCUGUGAAACAAAUAAUGAAAGGGAGGAAAGGGAGUUUAAAUGUCGAGGACAUAGGGGAGAUGCCCAGUAAUUUAGAUAUUGAUGGGUCAUAUGGACGACUUCUCAAAUUGUGGGACAAAGAGUCUCAAAAGAAGAGUCCAUCUUUAAUUAAGGUGGUGAUACAAAGAGAAUUCUGGACUAUUCUCUUCUCAUUUAUUGCUAUUUGCAUCUCACAGACUGCGAUGUUGGCAUUCCCAGUGUUACUAAUUUUCAUAGUAAGAUGGGUCAACUCAAAUGAACCAAAGAUUUGGCUUGGAUUUGUGUAUGCCAUCAUAGUGUUAGCCACACAGUUGACUGACUCAUUCACAUUUGAGUUCUGUAUUAAAUGGGUCUUCACCUUAUCCCUUCGUAUUCGAAAUGGGUUAAUUGGCUUAAUCUUCAACAAGGCGUUAAAACUGAAUUCUGCAGGUAUUGAAGACACUGGCAAGUUAGUGAAUUUGAUGAGCAACGACGCACAAAUAUUAGUCGAAGCACUCCCGUCUGUAAUUUUGGGAGGUGCAGCUCCAAUAAUGUUUGUAUGUGUAUUUAUAGCACUUGGCAUCUUUGUGAGGAUCUGGUGUUUAAUACCACUUGGGGUGUUAAUAGUUGGUCUUAUUUUAAAUGCACUCUUUGGUCAAGGAAUAGGCAAGUUUUACGGAAAGUUCACCUUCUGGAAAGACAAGCGACUUGGGUUCUUCGGGGAGAUCAUCCACAACAUCAAAUUUGUGAAGUACAAUGGGUGGGAAGAUUCUAUGAAGACUCGUCUUGAUAAACUCCGUAAAAGGGAGUUAAUCCGACUCGUUGCCUUUGGGAUGUUUAAAGCGUGUUUAAUCACACUGAUGGUUGAAAUCGGGCCUUUCAUGUCAUUUUUAAUGUUCUUGACUAUGGUACUUAAUAAGGUAGAAUUAGACGUCGAAACAGUCUUUGCUUGUAUGGCUAUUUUUAACUCAAUAAAACUCCCCUUCCAAAGCUUUGGCUUUUUGAUAGCGUGUCUUACUACUAUUAAAGUCUCAUUAACGCGUAUCCUUAACUUCUUGAAAACACCAGAAAUAACACCAAAUGUCAAUUCUGAAGAUUUGAAGCAACAAAGCGCUUCACAGAGUGAAGAAAACUCCCCACAAACCGUCUCGAGUAAUAACUCCAUCGAACUUAAAGAUGUCAAUUUUAAUUUCCCAAAUGGAGAAACGGCGUUUUCAUGUGACGAAUUGAACAUUCAAAAAGGUGAAUUAGUCUGUGUAUUAGGGAGUGUUGGCUCUGGCAAGUCUUCCUUUGUUUUGAGUCUACUGGGUGAAUUAGAAAGGACAGCCGGUACUUCUACUAUUCGUGGGAAGACUUCAUAUGCCUCACAAACGGCGUGGUUGAUGAAUACAACGAUACGAGAGAACAUCACCUUCUUAUCUCCCUAUGAUGAAGAGAAGUACAACUCCGUCGUCUACAACUCUUGUUUAACACGUGAUCUGCAGAUAUUAAAAGGUGGUGAUAUGUAUGAAGUAGCCGAGAGAGGUGCAAAUCUAUCAGGAGGACAACGCCAGCGGAUAUCAAUAGCAAGAGCUCUGUAUAGUGCGCAGGAUAUCGUCAUCUUUGAUGAUCCACUGAGUGCAGUCGACUUCCAAGUUGGUUCCUUUAUCUUUGAAAAGGCGAUGGAGAAUUAUUUGAAGAACAAGACGCGAAUUAUCGUGACAAACCAGACGUAUUUCAUUGACAAAGCAGACCGCAUUAUAGUCAUAGAAAACAAGAAAAUAGCGUUCAAUGGGAGUCUUGAAAACUUAAAGAAGAGUGACAUCUCAGCCUCCCAAUUUGUGAAGACGGUGACUAAUAAGAAGGACACCAAAAAGAAAGAAGGUGAGAAGGAAGAGACUGUCCCCCAAGAUGUUGGAGCCAGUGAAAUGGAAGAUGAGCUUCGUGAGAAAGGGCGAGUGUCUUGGCGGGUCUAUUACAAGUAUUUAAAGUAUGGUGGGAUCAUAUUCUUCUUAUUAGCAAUGAUACCAUUUGCGAUGCGAAUUGGGUCGAUGAUCACAUACAACUUAUUCCUCUCCUAUUGGAGUAAUGGCAUCAACGAAAACAACAAACAAGGCGAUUUAAAGUGGUUCUAUGCACAUUUAUACUCCUUUGCUGCAGACUUUGUGCUCAUGUAUUUCACAAUCACAGUGAUGCUCUUUUAUGGUGCGUCGUCUUCAAUACACUUACACCAGAAUUUGAUAAAGCGGAUAUUGGGGACGAAGCUCUCAUUUUUUGAUGUGACGCCAAUAGGGAGAAUCGUGAAUUACUUCUCGCGCGACUUCCAUUUGAUCGACUCGAGAAUUCCGUCCCAAAUAGACCAAUUUAUUGGACAGUGUUGUGCGAUCAUAUCAGUGUGUGUGAUCAUCUCCAUAGCGUCGUAUUACCUUAUAAUAGUGUUGGUAGUAGUCUUCAUAGUCUUUAUGAUCUUCCACAACUUCUUCAUUCGUUCGUCCAUAGAGAUGCAGAGACUCGAAGGGUUAACACGUUCUCCCAUAUUCAUUCACUUCGACCAGACAUUACUUGGUCUCUCCACAGUAAGAACCUCAAAUGGGCAAGACGUCUUCAUGAAAGCACUGAUCAAGAAAAUGCGAAACAACACUCUGGCGUAUUACACACUGCAGAUGGCAAAGAUCUGGUAUUCACAACGCCUCGAGUGGUUAGGGUUCACUAUCUCCACAUUAACAGUCUUACUGAUAGUCAUCCUCAAAAGUUGGUUUACCGUCGACACGGGCUUUGCUGCGACUGCUCUCAUGAAUGUCACGAGUAUCCCCGCACUCGUCUUGACCUUCGCACAGAACAUUUUAGAGUUAGAAAUCACUAUGCAAUCGACUGAGAGGGUUCUUGAGCUCCAAAAGAUCCCCAAAGAGGAGGUCCCAGAGAUUGCCAACAAUUAUGAAGAUGUCCCGAGUACAUGGCCUUCAAGUGGGACAAUAGAAUUGGACGACUACCAAUUCAAAUAUAGAGAGAACCUUCCAUUAGUCUUGAAAGGGGUAUCUGUGCACAUCCAAGACAAAGAAAAGAUAGGGAUAGUAGGACGUACGGGGUCUGGGAAGUCGACGAUGAUGGCUGGACUUUUUAGAAUUGAGAAUCCUGCGGGUGGGCGGAUCUUAGUGGACAACAUAGACAUCAUGAAGAUACCAUUAAAAAUUCUUCGAACAAAGAUGUGUAUAUUACCACAAGAAGCCACAAUGUUCAGUGGGACUAUUCGAGACAAUUUAGACCCAACUUUGAAGAAGACUGAAGAGGACAUGCUCCGUGUACUUCAAUUAGUUCAUGUCAAUAGAAAAUUAGAUGACCCAGUCACGGAAAAUGGAGAGAACUUCUCACUUGGUGAACGACAGAUGAUAUGUAUGGCUCGGGCGCUACUGAAGAAUGCCAAAAUCCUUAUCAUGGACGAGGCUACAGCGUCAAUUGAUAUCCAGACGGACAUCAUGAUCCAAGAAAUGGUCAGAACGAACUUCACGGAAUGCACUGUGCUGACUAUUGCUCAUCGACUCCACUCGAUUAUGGACGCCACUAAAGUGAUGGUCUUCGACAAUGGAAAAUUAAUGGAGAACGACAAACCAAUCAAUUUAAUAGAAGAUAAAGAAACUAUCUUCUCUAAUUUAGUUAUGCAGUCGGGGUGCCCUGAAGAACUGAAACGACUUGCACUCGGACAGGCGUCGAUUUCGGAAACUCUGAAAUCGAAAAAUGACCGCGAAAGGAUGGAAAACGAACAAGAAAAGAAUGAUGAAGAAACAAUGACAAAUACAAGUGAAAAAGACAUAUUACUUGUGAAACAAAAAGACGCGUUGUCAGACAGUAGUUCAAGCGACAAAGUAAAAGACAUCGUUAUUGACUUGGACGUCGUGAAGAAUAAAAAAGACGUACAACUGUUGGCACUGUCACCACUGCCAACUGACACAGAUGUUUCGAAAAAAGAGAGAUCAAAUGAUUCAUCUUCAACUUCGAGUGACUAG